AGUCCCAAUACCCGCCUUUUCUAGUAGGGGAGAAGACGAAGAAAGGCUAAAACCCUUCUCUUUCAAAUCCGAUUCAGUGAUUCUCCAAUGGCUGCUUCUUGUUAGCUGCUGGAAUCUGCAGGAUUCGUAUCUCACCGCGGAGUUUUCAGUUCACAUACUGAAGUUCAUUGGGUGAUCAUCUUGUAGUGUUCGUCGCCCGGAAGAACGAGGCUGUGGGAGCUCGGUAUCAGAGAAGAUGAGUACGGUCGAUAAGAUGCUGAUAAAAGGAAUCCGGAGCUUCGACCCGGAGAACAAGCACGUCAUCACCUUCUUCAGGCCUCUUACCCUAAUCGUCGGCCCCAACGGCGCCGGCAAAACUACGAUUAUAGAAUGCUUGAAGGUUGCAUGCACUGGGGAGAUGCCACCGAAUGCAAGGUCUGGGCACAGCUUCGUCCAUGAUCCCAAGGUAGCAGGGGAAACUGAGACAAAGGGACAAAUUAAGCUCCGAUUCAAGACUGCUGCUGGUAAGGAUGUGGUAUGCAUCAGGUCGUUUCAGCUGACGCAGAAAGCGUCGAAGAUGGAGUAUAAGGCAAUCGAGAGUGUGCUUCAGACAAUCAAUCCGCACACUGGAGAGAAAGUUUGCCUUAGCUAUAGAUGUGCUGAUAUGGACAGGGAAAUCCCUGCAUUGAUGGGUGUCUCAAAGGCUGUUCUGGAGAAUGUCAUAUUCGUUCACCAAGAUGAAGCUAACUGGCCCUUGCAAGACCCUUCUACAUUGAAAAAGAAGUUUGAUGACAUAUUCUCUGCCACACGAUAUACCAAGGCCUUAGAAGUCAUCAAGAAACUCCAUAAGGAUCAGGCUCAGGAAAUUAAAGCUUACAAGCUAAAAUUGGAGAAUCUUCAAACCCUGAAGGAUGCUGCAUAUAAGCUCCGUGAAAGCGUUUCUCAAGAUCAAGAAAAGACAGAAUCUUUAAAUCUACAAAUACAAGACUUAGAAAAUAACCUUCAAAAUGUGGACGGAAGAAUCCAUGACACUGAAGCAACACUUAAGGAGGUGAGGAAACUAAAGGAACAGAUAUCCACUAAGAAUGCAGAAAGAGGAAUUCUGGUGGAGGAGAUGGAACGGCAGCUUGCUGCCCUUGAUGCAGAAAUCACAGAUGACGAUGAGACAUUGAUUGGUUGCAAAAACACUUUUGACGAAUUUGUGGCCAACCUCAACACGAAAAUUAGCAAAUUGGAGAGAGAAAUGAAUGAUUCAGAAGUCAAAGCAUCCUUUCUUAAGAAGAAUGUCAAUGAAUACAUCCGAGAGAUUAGUAGGCUUCAGGCUGAAACCGAUGCUCACAAUUCCUUGAAGUACGAAAGAGAUUCUAUAAUCCGAAGCCUUUGUACAAGAUAUAAUUUGGGCUCUUUUCAAGACACCCCAUUAAGUGAUGAGAUGGCUUGGAAUCUCACUGACCGUCUGAAAUCAAGGUCAGUGAAUCUUGAAAAAGAUUUACAAGAGAAAAAGAAAUCAAAUGAUAACCAAGUCAAUGCAGCAGAAAAUAGCUACUGGGAUGCAAAUAAGCGUUGGAAAGACACUGAGUCUCAAGUACAGGCUAAAGCUCAAAUAAAGAAUAGUAUUUCCAAUCGGAUUAAGGACAAGGAACCUGUGCUCGCGUCUUACGAGGAAAAGAUAUCUGAUGUAAAUUUUUCUCGUAUUGAAGAAAAGGAAAAGAAUAUGCGAAUAGAGAUUGAAAGAAAGACUAAUCAGCUUGCUGAACGAGAGUUUGAGUCAAAUAUACGCCAGAAGCAAAGUGAGUUCUAUGGUAUUGAACAACAAAUUAAGGCACUUAAUCGGGAGAAAGAUGUCUUGGCUAGUGAUUCUGAGGACAGAGUUAUGAUGUCUCUCAAGAAGGCGGAAUUGGAUAAUCACAAAAAGAAGCAUAGAAAAAUAAUUGAUGAAUACAAAGAUAAGAUCAGAGGAGUGCUAAAAGGGAGGCUUCCUGUUGAUAAGGAUCUGAAGAAGGAAGUUACACAAGCCUUAAGGACUCUUACUGGUGAGUUUGAUGACUUGAAUUCCAAAACCCGUGAAGCGGAGAAGGAUGUGGAGGUGCUGCAAAUGAAAAUCAAAGAGACUGAAAAUAAUAUCUCCAGACUCCACAAAGAUAUGGAUGCUCGAAAGAGAUCUAUCGAAUCCAAGCUGCAGUCAUUGGAUCAACAAUCUUCCACCAUUGAGUCUUACUUUAAAGCUUUGGAAUCAGCAAAGGAGAAAAGAGAUGUCCAGAAAAGCAAGUAUAACAUUGCUGAUGGCAUGCGGCAAAUGUUUGAUCCUUUUGAACGAGUUGCCCGCGCUCAUCAUCUCUGCCCUUGCUGCGAGCGUCCUUUUUCUCCCGAGGAGGAAGAUGACUUUGUCAAAAAGCAAAGAGUUAAAGCUGCAAGUUCUGCAGAGCACAUGAAAAAGUUGUCCAUUGAUUCUUCAAGCGCAGAUUCUAUCUUCCAGCAGCUGGACAAGCUCCGUAUAGCAUAUGAAGAGUAUGCCAAACUUGGCAAGGACACAAUACCUCUGGCAGAGAAAGCUCUGCAUGAGCUUAAAGAAGAGCUUGAUCAGAAGUCUGAGGCCCUUGAUGAUCUUUUGGGAAUCUUGGCCCAGAUAAAGGCUGAUAAAGACUCAGUUGAUGCAAUAGUGAAACCUAUUGAUACUGCGGAUAGGCUUCAUCAAGAAAUUCAGAGUUUGCAAAAGCAAGUUGAUGAUUUGGAAUACAAGCUUGACCUACGCGGACAAGGUGCCAGGUCUAUGGAAGAAAUCCAGUCUGAACUUAAUGCUUGUCAGAGUACAAGGGACUCCCUGCAGAGUGAACUGGAAAAGUUAAGGGAUGAGCAAAGGUAUAUGGAAAACGAUCUGCAGAACAUACAGCUUCGCUGGCAUGGUCUAAGGGAGGAAAAGGUUGAAGCAUCAAACCUAUUAUGUAAUCUCAAAAGGCUAGAGGAAGAGUUGGAAAAGUUGGCUGAGGAAAAAAAUCAAGCUGAGCUUGAUGAGAAGCAUUUAGCAGCAGCUCUUGGCCCUUUAUCCAGGGAGAAGGAGAAACAACAGAGUGACCAUAAAGAACUGAAAAUCAAACUUGAGCAGGAGUAUGAAGAACAGAGAAAAGAAUUGGAUGAGUAUCAGAUGGAAGUUGACACAGUGCUGAAAACCAUGUCUAAAAUUAAGGAGUACUAUGAUUUAAAGAAGGGCGAGAGACUGAAAGAGGCGCAAGAAAAGCUAUCUAUAUCUGAGUCUCAACUUGAAGACUGCGAGACAGUGAAAAAGAAACAUUCAAAUGAUAUAAGUACGUUAAAGGGAGACUAUGACAAACAAGAGAAACUUAGAAGAGAAAUCGAAGACAACUUAAAUUAUAGGAAAACCAAGGCUGAAGUCGAGAGGCGUACUAACGAGAUCGAAACAUUGGAAAACACAGUGUUACAAAUGGGUGGAUCCUCAAAGUUUGAAGUUGAUCUGAGAAAGCUUUUACAAGAUAGGGACCGGCUUCUGUCAGAGUUUUGGCUUUUCUCGUCAACAGACCAUAGUCCAUGUCGUGAGGGAGAUUGUGCAUUUUCUUUUUCUUGUUUAUGUUUUCCUUUUUAUUCUUUCAUUUAUUAUCAAGAUUAUUGAUCCUCGGGUGAUGAUGGUUAAUUCCCUGUAAAUUAAACAGUUGAAUAGAUGUCGAGGAACCAUGUCUGUCUUUCAAAGCAACAUCUCGAAGAAUAAAGUUGAGCUUAAACAGGCCCAUUAUAAGGAUAUAGACAAGCGUUACUUUGAUCAGCUACUACAGCUCAAGACCACUGAAAUGGCCAAUAAGGACCUAGACAGAUACUAUAAUGCUCUUGACAAAGCACUCAUGCGGUUCCACACCAUGAAAAUGGAGGAAAUCAACAAAAUCAUCAGAGAAUUAUGGCAACAAACCUAUAGGGGACAAGACAUAGAUUACAUACGAAUACAUUCAGAUGCUGAAGGUUCCGGGACUCGUUCUUACAGCUACAAGGUGCUCAUGCAGACCGGUGAUACAGAGCUUGAAAUGAGAGGAAGGUGCAGUGCUGGCCAGAAGGUGCUUGCAUCUCUCAUCAUUCGGUUAGCUUUAGCAGAAACAUUCUGCCUCAACUGUGGAAUACUAGCACUAGAUGAGCCCACGACAAACUUGGACGGCCCAAAUGCCGAGAGUCUCGCAGGGGCGUUGCUAAGAAUUAUGGACGAUCGAAAGGGGCAGGAGAACUUCCAGCUGAUUGUGAUUACUCAUGACGAGCGUUUCGCUCAUCUGAUUGGGCAGCGGCAGCAUGCUGAACGAUAUUAUAGAGUCGCAAAGGAUGACCACCAGCACAGCAUAAUUGAAGCUCAAGAGAUCUUCGAUUGAGCUUUGGGUUUAUUACGUUCUUUUGUAUUUAAAGCUGUAUAUCGGUGUGAAGAUGGUGUUCGGUGAAAGGCAAUGCUGAGUGCUGAGAAUGUUAAGAGCUGAUAGAGUGUGUUUUGUAGGUAUCCAUUUCACACUUUCGACAACUUCCUUUGACAGCUUUGCUCCAAUUGAGCGCAGUUAAAACCAUUGUAGACGAAAUCAAGGAUUCUAUUUAAUUAGAUGUCGUUUGUUACAUGGAAUGAAUCAUCCAUGAAACUGAAUUCCAAAUGUUGACUCGGGUAAACAACUGGGUCACGAUUCGAUUGAUCGAG